GUCCGUUGGCAACAGGGUCCCUCCGGGAAACAGCGUCCCGCCGCAACCUCGUGCCUCCGCCCGGUGGUGGCUCUGCUGAAGGAGCAGGAUUAGAAGGCGGGGGCUGCGGGACCCCGGCUUAGCCGGACGCGAGCGAGCCGCCGCCUCCUCUGGGCCCGGGGCUGCAGCUCGAGCCCCAAAGCGGAGACUACCAAGGGGCGGCGGGGUGACAGCGGGGAGCUGGACCGUGCUGGUUAAAGAACCUGAGCGGGGGCGGAACCUGCGGCGAGGCGCCCGGAGGCGGGGGGGGCAUCUUUGCGUGUAGCAGAACGCGGAAGCGCCUCGGCGCGGAGUGGCGGAGGGCGCCCGGCAGAGCGCUGCUGCCUCCUCCGGCACCGCCGCCAUGUCCUCCGAUUUCGAGAGCUACGAGCAGGACUUCGCCGUGCUGACGGCCGAGAUCACGGGCAGGAUCGGGAAGGUGCCCAAGCUGGUAGGAGAUGACAAGAAGCAGAUGGUUGCAAAUGUUGAGAAACAGCUCGAAGAAGCAAGGGAACUGCUUGAGCAGAUGGAACUUGAAGUUCGAGAGAUCCCACCUCAAAGCCGAGGAAUGUACAGCAGUCGAAUGAGAAGCUACAAACAAGAAAUGGGAAAACUUGAAGCUGAUUUUAAAAGGUCACGGAUCGCCUACAGUGAUGAGGUGCGGAAUGAGCUCCUAGGGGAUGACGGGAAUUCCUCAGAGAACCAGUUGAUAAAAUUACGUGAAGAGAGGGCACAUCUGCUCGAUAACACAGAGAGGCUGGAAAGGUCAUCUCGGAGACUAGAGGCUGGAUACCAAAUAGCAGUGGAAACCGAGCAGAUUGGACAGGAGAUGCUGGAAAACCUCAGCCAUGACAGAGAGAAGAUCCAGCGAGCCCGGGAAAGGCUUAGAGAAACAGAUGCAAACCUGGGGAAGAGUUCCAGGAUUUUGACGGGAAUGUUGCGAAGGUAAGGCCAAGGAUCAUCCAAAACCGGAUUUUGAUUGUUGUUCUGGCAGUCAUCAUCAUCCUCACCACCGCGAUGGCUAUUUAUUUUUCUGUCAAGGGACACUGAUAUCUUUGUUCUUCACUAAACAGCAACAAACUGCUUGUUCUGAGUAAUUAAGACAAAGUGGUCACAUGAAUCAUUCUCUUGCACUGACAGAGUCUCCCUCUCUUUUCCACUAUUCAACUCAGGUGCAAGUAGUAUAAAAUAUUUUGUAUUAUUGAUGGCAUAGUUGAUGGCAUGUGGGGUUGAUUAUUUUUUUCUUAAAUUUUUUGUCUUUACCUGAGUGUUUUCAGAACCUUAAUAUUUGUUGGAGUGAAGGCUUGUUCCAGUAUAGAAAGACUUAACAUGUGUCAAAUUCUACCCCAGAUUAGCCGGUAAAUUGCCCGAGUUUAGCAAGGGAAGAAGGGUCUUUGCACUGUUCUUGUGCUAUGCGGGGUGUAUGAAUAUCAAGCAGUAUCUGACCUUCUGUGAUACAGAAUAUAAGUAAAGCAGAGACCAAAUGAUGUAGAAAGUGAACCUGUCUCCUGCGACAAACUCCUGAACGUGAAUUAGCGCAAUAGACGCAACCUGGUUUUAAAAACAGUAGUUAGUUUUAAAAAGAGAGCAACCUUAGGAUGAUGUUUAAUAUCUUAUGUGAAUCCAACACUCUAACAUUUUUUUUAAUUAGGCUUUCUUUUCUGCUUAUCCAAAACAAUGCCACUUUCCUCAAGAUUAUGAUAGUGCAUCACUUGCCCAAAAUGGAGCUGUGACCACGGCCUGUCUGUUGGAUGUUUUAAUUCUUCCAAUGUUGAUAUAUGUACUGAUAAGUAUACACACUAGGCCCUUCCUGAAGAUGUGUACUCAUCUAUUCACUGCUGAUUGAGAAGAGACCCUAAGUAAUAAUUCAGUGACAAAUAUGUGAUUACAAUCCAUUAAAGAAAAAUCUAGAUUUUUAAUAUUGACCUGACUAUGUUGAGACCGCAUAUUGGAAAUAUUUUUAGUGUAUUAAAUUCCAAUGUGAUAUUCCCCUUUUCAAACAUAAACUGUGAAAAUGUUAAUUUAUACUUGCUUUUAGCUGAUAUAAUAUAUCAUAGUUUCAUCUACCUGUGUGUAAAUGAGCUGUGUUUCUCUUUUCCUAGUGGCUGUGCUUCUCCUAUAGACAGGUCUAGGUCAUUUGGCUUAUAAUUAAGCUUACGACUCCGGAAAAGGUCAUUUUUCUGGUGAUAUGAUAAAGUAAUUUUCAUAACUUUUCAAUUCAUUAUAUGCAAUCCCUUACAAAUAUUGCAGAUGGAGAGGGAUUUUAAGCCCUUGAACUUAAGCUAUAAAAUCUUUUCAGGAGAUGUUCAAAGAAACAAAAAGCUGGUGGCUUUCAGACUCCCCGCAGAUUAGGUAGGAAUUGAGCACCGAAUUCUCGAGUGUGCCUUAGCACUUUUGGGGUUUUGGCAUCCCUGCAGCCUCUGCCGAUGUGCUGUGCUGUGCUGUCCCUGGAAGCUGAUUUGGGGAUAAACAUCUGGGAGUU